GUGUGAGGGGAGAGUGAGAGGAGAAUUUUUCUUUUCCUUCUCGAAAACAAGUUAGAAAUGAUUUUUCGUGUAAUGAUGUAAUCCAAGACGAUCCAACUCUUACCUUUCCAAUCUGAUUCCAAAAUUGUCGCUUCUCUCAAAGUCAAGAAAUCAUGCCUCAAAUCCUCACUGAUCCCGCCUAAACGUUUUGCUGCAAAUCCUGAGAGAUUGAAGCUGCUGCAUCACACUUUCCACCCCUGCCGCCACAGGUCGUCUCCACCACUGCCGCCACAGGUCGUCUCCACCACUGCCGCCGCCGUCAGUGCAGGUCGUUUCCACCACUGUCCGCUUCUCCGUCCUCUUCGACUACUCUCCCUCUUUUCAAUUGCAGAAUGGUGUCGAAUCAGACAGCUUCUACCAUGGAAAUUGAGACUGUCCCAUCUGAAGCCAAACUUUUGCCAGCCAAGCCAAAGUUUGAGCCGUUGAAGCCUCAUGAGAUCUCCGAUGGAGAGAUUCAGUUCCGCAAAGUGAAUGUUCCACCUCAUCGUUAUACCCCUCUCAAGAAAGCUUGGAUGGAUAUUUAUACUCCCAUUUUUGAACAGAUGAAAAUUGAUGUCCGAAUGAAUUUGAAGGCUCGUAGAGUCGAGCUGAAGACAAGGACAGACACACCUGAUAUUAGUAACCUGCAAAAAUGUGCUGAUUUUGUCCAUGCUUUCAUGCUGGGUUUUGAUGUCAUAGAUGCCAUCGCUCUUCUGCGUCUUGAUGAGCUCUACGUUGAGUCCUUUGAGAUCAAGGAUGUUAAAACACUUAGAGGCGAUCACUUGUCUCGUGCAAUUGGAAGGUUAUCUGGCAAAGGUGGUAAAACAAAGUUUGCAAUUGAGAACGCGUCAAAGACAAGAAUCGUCAUUGCUGACACCAAAAUUCACAUAUUGGGAUCUUUUGCCAACAUAAAGAUUGCCAGGGAUUCUCUUUGUAGCCUGAUUCUCGGAUCACCAGCUGGAAAGGUGUAUUCCAAACUAAGAGCAGUUACUGCUAGAUUGGCAGAAAGAUUUUGAUCCUCUCUUAUUCAUGUCAUUAUAGGUUUAUUUUCUUGUUCCCUUAGCUUCUUUUAUAACUAUCUAGUUUGUUGAGGAUGAUAUUGUGAGGAGUUGCUUCAUUCAGUUUGCUGAGCUCUAUUUGUUACUAUGGUGAGUUCCAUUGAACAAAUUACAUUUGUGACACAAUGACAACAUUAUUUAACUGCUUGAUUGUGUUUAAUAUUUGUA